UAUAGCCUAUACAUAUAGCCAUCUUUUCGACUUGGUCCGAUAGUUGUGUUGUGUUUUUUCAGCCUCAAGUCCACAUUUUAAUCGAACUAAUAUUAAUGUCAGAACCACAGUCGUCGCUUCUGUUGAAAAAACAAUUAGCAGAAUUAAAUAAAAACCCAGUGGAAGGGUUUUCUGCAGGUCUCAUCGACGACAAUGACAUUUAUCGAUGGGAAGUACUUAUUAUUGGACCUCCGGACACUUUGUACGAGGGUGGCUUUUUCAAAGCUCACUUACAGUUCCCAAAAGAAUACCCCCUUAGGCCACCUAGAAUGAAAUUUAUAACAGAAAUAUGGCAUCCAAACAUUGAAAAAAACGGAGACGUCUGUAUAUCUAUAUUGCACGAACCUGGUGAUGAUAAAUGGGGGUACGAAAAAGCGUCAGAACGGUGGCUGCCAGUACACACUGUGGAAACAAUUUUGAUCAGUGUCAUCAGUAUGCUUGCUGAUCCAAAUGAUGAAAGUCCAGCUAAUGUUGAUGCAGCCAAAGAGUGGAGGGAAAGUUAUACAGAAUUCAAAAAAAAAGUGGCAAGAUGCGUCAGGAAAAGUCAAGAAGAAUGUAUGUAGGAUAUGAAGAAACAUUUACUUGAAAAGACUUAUUUAAUUCAGGAAAGCCAUAAGCACUGUACGAACAAACUUGUUAGCAUAAUGCUAACAAACAUCAGUGUCACUAAAAGCAUGGAUAAAGCCGACAUUCAUUUUUUUAUGUUAAGAGAAGCCUAGAGCUUUUGUGCGAUUUUGUCGAGUCCUUUGGACAGCUACUAUUCAACGUAUUGAUAACCCUCGGACUGAAAAAAAUAAAAAUACAAAAUAAUCGCAGCUCAA